UGUUACUUGGAGCAGACCAUACGAGAAUAACCCCCGAUCUUGAGCGACAUGCUGCUUCAUCAAGGCCAAGAUGUUAUGAAGCCUCAGGAGGCGGAACUUGUCACAGAAAUCUCCAAGCUGCAGUGGAUGGUCUCAGAGCUGAAGACGGGUUUGACGGGCGCACUGGUGGAGCUGGCCCACAUCCAGCACGGGGACUCGGCCCUGCACAACGAGCUGGAGGACAACCAGCGCCGUUGUCGGGAGAAAGCGCGGCGCUUGGAAGCUCUGGUGGAGUCCCUCAGGGAGGAGCUUGUGGUGAUACGGUGUCAGGUGUUUGCACUGCGCAGCCACACGCAUCGGCGUCAGCAGGACGCGGAGACCACUGCGGCCGCACGAGGAGAAAUUGAUCCAGCGGAGGUGUGCCGCGGAAAAGUUUUGCUGCACUGCUUCCUGCAAGGCCUCAAAGCUGGACUCACCGACGGAACAGAUGCACGACACCAGGUGGCGCUGCAGCUGCUCCACUCUGAGUGGGAGUACGUGUCUAUUUUGAAGCAACUUUACGACCAAUACAAGACAACACCCACUCAACACACGACGACUGAACCUCAUGAAAAGUUCGCCUCGUUGGUGGAGCGACUCCUGCAGCGCCACCUGCUGUUCAGGGACACCCUGCAGGAGCGUCUGGCCGCCCAGCGCUGGAAAUCCCUGGUGGGCGACGUUCUGGUGGGCCUGGUGGGACAGAACGACACAUCUUUCUCGGACGCGUACGUGGGCUACGUGGGCGCACUGGCCACUUUCCUCUUGCUGGAGGUCCACAAGUCGGACAAGCGUGAGAACAAGCAGGAAAGCGGCCACACGGAAAAGGAAAAGGAGCAAAUUCAAGUGCUGUCGCUUCUCCUCGCGCCCGUCACUCGUGUCCAUGCCUACCUGAGUCACAUCCAGAACUUGCUACAGUGGACCGGCAAAGAACAUCCGGACUGCAGCCUGCUGCUCGGCACCGAGCGAGCGCUCAGGGACAUUUUGUUGCGAUGUCAUACCAUCUUGGAGGAGGAUGUCCACUGGGACGGCGCAGAAGCGCCAAAGCGGCGGGGUUGCGGCGACGUAGAAGCCGGCGGCUCAUGUCCAAACAGCGCCCCUCAGCGGACAAAGGUGGAGCAUGCCGCUCCGAGAGAGAGCCAGGAAGUGUCAGGUCUGACAAACAGGUCUGGCGUGGACCAGCAUGCCAUGCGUGUGGAGUGCUGGUCCUGCAGCCCAGUGAGGCGGCAGACCUGCCGGUGCGCAAACGCCCAGUCCAGUUGCCCCGUCAUUCCGGAGCCUCCGGACUAUCGGGUGGAAAACGACGACUCAGACUGGUGUGCCGCAACCCGACGCGGUGACCCGGGUCCCGAGGAGCCCCGGACGGACCUGGACGACACGUCAGCCUUCGAUGACUCCUCAGUGACUUCCUGCAGGGAAGGUGAGGAUGAGGAAGACGAGGAGGAAGAGGAUAGCCAUGUUCCGGUCCUCCUCAAGCCAUCGUCCCAACAAUAUUCGAAGAGGAGCGUCUGCCUCCGCUGGCAGAUUCCCAGGCGGACCCCCCAUCCCCCUAUCAGGACCCCCGCCAACCCAUCAACUCCCGCCGGCUCCUGCGGAAAAAGGCUGGUCACCGUCAGAACGGGUUCGCCGCCACUCAGAGUCAAGAGUGCCUUCAGGCCCAUCUGGGACAACCCGACUAAGCAGGCACAUGCGUCUCCUGAGAAGGAGCACAGAGGCUUUGUGCCGGUCCAGACCUCCGUCAGGGCAAACUUUCUAACCUUGAGAGAACACCCGAGAGUCGGACAAGACCUGGUUCAGCCACCGCCGUCGGGACUCUCUGUGGCGCCACCCAAUGGACGAUUGUGGGAAGACAGCGAGGAGAGUGAGGGACCCUGCAGCACCGUUUGACGUUGAGGCACUUGAGGGCUUCUCACACAUCUUGGGUCCAGGGAUCCCUUCUUAAUUGUAACACUAUUUAGAGACAUACCCCCCCCCCCCCAAAUUCCAUCGAAAUUAAAUUUCCCUUCUCCUCAAAACGAAAA